AUGCUCAAAAGACACAUCAAAAACUUUCAAAUUUGGCAUCAUAGGCAGGUCCUCUGCGAAUGGGCAAACGAUGGCUCGCGGGAGAAAGCGAUGACGGAACUGAUUUUCAAGCAGGAUCAGAAGAACUACCACGCCUGGCAGCACCGACAGUGGGUUGUCAAACGCUUUGGGCUUUUUGAAGGAGAGAUUGAUUUUGCCAGAGAGUUGCUGGUAAAAGACGUGUACAACAACUCGGCGUGGAAUCACUUGUACUUUUGUAUUCAAAACUCGACUGGCUGGAGCGAAGAAAUCAGAAAGAGCGAACUUUCCUUUGUCCAAGAAAAGCUAGAAGUCGCUAUUGACAAUGAAUGCGCGUGGAACUAUCUGCGAGCCGUUCAAAACCACAUUCUCACCGCUAAUCCACAGUUGGCGGACAAGUUUGUGAGCAAACUUGAAGUAAUUGAGGACAGGGGAAAUUCGCACAAGCAUUUGGCCGCGUACGUCGCCGAUUAUUUAGCAGAAAAGACGGAAAGGGAUAGUGAUAAAGAAUCGGGAACCAAGGCGGUUCAAAUUUAUACAGAAUUAUCCUCCAAUUUGGACCCUGUGAGGCGAAAUUACUGGAACUAUCUCUCCUCCUGCCUCUCCGCCAAAAUUUGA